UGCGGUGUUUGCUUUUCGAAACGGGUUUAAGAACUGAAUACGAUUAAGGCAGAGCGCAGCGGCUGAUUUAGUCAACUGCUCGCCAUUUCAAUUUCAAUCUUCUCGUCGUCGUGAACGUCGUCGGUUGUGUUUUUGUGUGUUUAUUUGUGCGUUGCGCGUACAUUUUUUUGUCAAUUAAUCGCUCGCUUUUACGCCCCAUUGCCACAGCUUCUGCGGUUAGCCUGUGUCUCUGUGCCCCGCCAACAAAAAAAAACACAGUAAAAAAGCAGAAAGCGAAAACGCCGCGCCCGCACCCGCAACCGCUCCUGCACAGCCCGAUAUAAUGGCAAAUUUCGAUGAUACACUGCAGCGCGCCCGUCUCGCCUUCGCCAGCGGCAAGACCAGGAACGUCAGCUUUCGACGCAAGCAAUUGGAAAAUCUACUGCGCUGCUAUGAGGAGCAUGAGAACGAGAUUAUCAGCGCCCUGGAGGCGGAUUUGCGACGACCCAAACAGGAGAGUUUAAUUGUCGAAACGGAGUUCAUGAAGAACGACAUCAAGCACAUACUCUAUAAUCUGAACGACUGGGUCAAGUCGGAAAAGCCGGACAAAUCGUUUGUCAAUAUGCUGGACGAUGUACAGAUCUAUAAUGAUCCCUUUGGCGUUGUUCUGGUAAUUGGCGCCUGGAACUAUCCGCUGCAGCUGCUGCUGGUGCCCGUUGCCUCGGCCAUUGCCGCCGGCAACUGUGUCGUCCUCAAGCCCAGCGAAAUUGCCGGCAAUUGCGCCAAGUUCAUUGCGGAGACAAUACCCAAAUAUCUGGACAAUGAUUGUUAUCCCGUCGUCUGCGGCGGACCCAGCGAGACGGCCGAACUGUUGAACCAACGCUUCGAUUAUAUAUUCUACACGGGCUCCACGCGCGUAGGCAAAAUUGUGCACGCGGCGGCCAACAAGAAUUUGACGCCCACAACCCUCGAGCUGGGCGGCAAGAGCCCGUGCUAUAUUGACAAAUCGGUGGAGCUGCGCACAGCUGUCAAGCGCAUAUUGUGGGGCAAGCUGAUCAACUGUGGCCAGACCUGCAUUGCGCCCGACUACAUACUCUGCUCCAAGGAGAUGGAGCAGAAGUUCAUAGCCGAGGCCAAGGAGGUGCUCAAGGAGUGGUACGGCGACAAUAUACAAAGCAGCCCCGAUCUGAGUCGCGUCAUCAAUCAAAACAAUUUCCAGCGUCUGUUGGGUCUGAUGAAGUCCGGUCGCAUUGCCGUUGGCGGCAAAUACGAUGCCGGCGAACGUUUCAUAGAGCCCACAAUUCUGGUUGAUGUCAAGCCAGACGAUCCCGUCAUGGAGGAGGAAAUCUUUGGCCCCAUCUUGCCCAUUUACACAGUCGAGAAUGCCUACGAUGCGAUCAAGUUCAUCAAUGCCAGAGAAAAACCACUUGUACUCUACGUGUUCUCGAACUCUAGUAAAUUAAUCAAAGAGUUUAAGAAUAAUACGACAAGCGGCGGAUUCUGCAGCAACGAAACAAUAAUGCACGUCGGAGUUGAUACCCUGCCCUUUGGCGGCGUCGGCAUGAGCGGCAUGGGCAGCUAUCAUGGCAAAUAUGGAUUCGAUACGUUCACGCACAAGAAGUCGUGCCUGGGCAAGAACCUGGCCAUGCUGGGCGAAAAGAUGGCAUCUGCCCGCUAUCCGCCGUAUUCGGAUCGGAAGAGUUCGCUGCUUUCGUUCCUGUUGCGCAAACGCCGCCCGCUCCCCAACUUGUAUCUGUCACAUAUAUUUGCCGCUGGUCUCGGCAUUGGGCUCACAUUCUUGAUGAACUAUUAUCUGCAGGUAAGAAAGGGCAAGCUGUUGUCGCGCUAGAAUCCAUUACGUCUAUGGCGGACUUGAGCCGUAACACCAUCAGCCAGUGGACUUUUGUCAUUUAUACUAGAUUUGGAUUCGCAUUCGCAGUAAAUGCACAAGCAUUUAGUAUUAGUUUAUUUUUUUAAUGGGCUUUGUGCUUUGUACUAACUUGUAUAUUAAGUAUUAAGUAUCUAUUUUGCAUUUAAUUACAACAACAAAAACAUGCAUCCUUUAACCCCUGUAAAAUGUAAAUAACCUAUUCAAUUUGAUUGUACACUUGAGAAACAUAACAUAACACCUAUAUCUUUACCCGUA